GGGCUGCGGCGGCGCUGUGGGGGCGGUUUCCCUCAGCCGGAUACAGCUUCUCUUCGGCCGGCGGCGGUUGCAGCUGACGGGAGAGAGCGAGAGCGAGCGAGCAGGGGGGACCCCAAGGACUCUUCCCUUCAGAGCAGAAGAAUGCAGACGAUAAAGUGUGUGGUUGUUGGCGACGGCGCUGUGGGGAAGACCUGCCUGCUCAUCAGCUACAUUACCAAUGCAUUCCCCGAGGAAUACAUUCCCACGGUGUUCGACAACUACAGUGCUCAGAUGACUGUUGAUGGCAGGAUGGUUAGUCUGAAUCUCUGGGACACGGCAGGCCAGGAGGAAUAUGACCGCCUGCGCACCCUCUCCUAUCCUCAGACCAAUGUCUUCGUCAUCUGCUUCUCCAUUGGGAGCCCCUCCUCCUAUGCAAACGUGAGGCACAAAUGGCACCCCGAGGUGACUCAUCACUGCCCAAAUGUGCCGAUUCUUCUUGUUGGCACCAAGAAGGACUUGAGAAGUAACAUGGAGACAGUGAAGAAGCUGAAGGAGCAGAGCCUGGGCCCCACCACCCCCCAGCAGGGGACGUCGCUGGCCAAGCAGAUUGGAGCAGUCAAAUACUUGGAAUGUUCAGCACUGAACCAGGAGAGGGUGAGAGAAGUCUUUGCUGAAGCUGUGCGUGCCGUUUUAUACCCUGUGACAAAGAAGAACUCCAAGAAGUGCCUUCUGUUGUAGUUGCCAAGGAACGUCGAGCAAGGAUUGAGGGCUUUGGGUUGUUUUGAAGGUCGCCUCCUUAAUCUAAUUGCAUCUUGCACUAAUGAGAUAUAUUUCAAAAGAGAUAUAUUUGUAAGGAGAUAGAUUUCUUUCCGCAAGUACUCCUGCAGUUCAGGUGCCAGUUCCAGCAGACUGGAACAAAAGACAUCAAUUCCAAGUUUUAAGAUCAGCCUAUCUGCCAUAUUCUCAGUGUCUAUGCUUACAUAGUUCUCCAUCUCUUCAGUGGAGGAGAGCUGCAGCCAAGAGAGACUAGACUGUCCAAGCCAAGUGCUUUCUUUGCUAUACAAACCUAAGAUGCAGUCCUUUCUGAAGGGGGACAGUCAUCUGUUUUGAUUCAUGCGCCACUGUUGCUUUUCCUAGCAAUUUCUUCAUCAGUUAGCUGUCUUUUGUAUAGAUAGGGCUGUGCCUUUCCAAUAACUGUGUCAAUUUGUCAAGAGUGUUUGAGAAUUUUAGAAUGUCUCAACUGUGGGAUUCAAGCACCACAUGUGGUAACAGAGAUUUAGAAACUGAGAGGGCUUUCAAUAAGAUCAAAACUACUCUGUGCUCCCCUUCUUGGAAUUGAAUGCAGGUUCCACAAACUUGUUCUGGGAUUGGGAGCUAGUCCCUUUUUGCUUUCAGGGUUGGAAAACUGGGCUUUAUAAUGCAGCUCCUUAUUGUUUCUGGAGGGUGUCCCUCAGCUGUGUGAUUAAGCCAAGGCAUCAUUUCAAAAGCUGACUUUGCCACAAGCUGGGCUUGCAGUCCACAGGCUGAGAUUUCCUUUCUCAGCCUGCCAUAGCAGUCCACCACUCCAAGAUUAUACUCUUGCUGUGCCUGCUGUAGGAGGAUGCCCUGAUGGCAUCACUGCCAGGCCAGCUAAACCCCACAAUGAAGAGAGUGUGCCCGCUCACUUGAUUUUAGGUAUGUUUUAUACUGUUAGAGGCUUACUGAACCCAGCUACGCAACAGGUACCCUUAAAUAAACUCUGGACUGGCUGGCCUUUAUGUCCAUGGGCACCGUGGCAGUGCCCAUCAUUUCCUCAGCAUAUGCCUCCUUCCCCAAAUGUUGUGGUUGAACGUAAAUCUUAUGAAUGUGGUAUAGAUGGCAGAGAUCUGCCUGCUCUAGAGCAGAAGGUCUCAUUUGCUCACUAGACGCCCGCCUGCCUUUUUAAUAUAAUUGUCAAUGCUACAAAGCAGUACUGUAUUUCUGUGCCUUUUCAUUAGUACUAUGUUUUCUCCUACAGGUGAAAAUAUCAGUAAUUUCUUGCCUUCUAAACUUUCAGGUGUAAAUGCUAUUAAAAUGUUGCACUGGUUUGUUGACCUCUUUAGGACAUAGGUACCCAAUAUAGGUGCAUAUAGGCAGGGUUUUAACUUUGACUGAAAUAUUAACUUCCCUUUCUUGGGAAAAAAACUUGUGCAAGUGCUUUUUAAAAAGAAAACAUGCAUUUCUAGCACCACAGCUGAUUUAAUCUAGUGGCAUUAGGGAACUUUUUUUUACUUAUGAUGAUUUGUGGCCAUAUUCAAGAUCUUUAGUUUAUUGGGAGCCUGAUGCUUCAUAGCAUCUCUCUGGCCAAGGAUAGCUUAUUUAUUUGAUCAACAAGUUUGUUAAUUGCAGUUCUUGAGAAAUGAGUGUUUUCUCCACAGGUAUGCUGCGUUGCUGCCAAGGAACAAAACAAUUCUGAGCAAAAUUCUGUUUUGGUUUUUUUUUUUAAGCUCAGCCCCAUUUUGAAAUGAUUUGUUUAUGUUUUUAUAUGAUGAUCGUUCUGAUUACAAAUCUGGUGUGUGUAAAUGGAGAGCAAACUUUGCCUUACUUUAGAAUCACAGUACUUGUGAGCUGUCCUCAGUAUUGAUGCCAGUAUAAAAUGCAGGCGUAAUGGAGCUAGAGAGAUAAUGGAGACCAGGUGCAAAGCCAGUAUAGUUCACAUCAUGGUUGAACAAAAUCUGCUCCUAGAAAUCCUGAGAGUGGAGGCUAAGCUGACUAGAUCACUGCAGUUGAAAUUGGGUAUUCUCUUGCUCUCCCCCCCCCCCCCAAUAGCCUGGGUCCUUUGGCUGUGAUCUGACCAUUCUCAGGAUUUAAAGUGGAGGCAAACACAUUCUUGGUGACUAUGGAACACAGUUAAAUAUGGUUUGGUUUAAUCUCCGUAUCCAAAUGCUUUUUUGAACAUCAAACAAAAUCAUAACUGUGUUAGGCUCUGGUGACUUUAGGCCCAGAAAUAUUGUGGACUAGGCUCUGCAGUCCAAUAGUUGUUUUUUUAACUUGGAUGUUUGUGUAGAAUGUGCAGGCCCUAAAACCUUGCAAAGCUUUCUUCAUCUGCCUUGCAGAAAUUUGGGUGCUGCAGGGGCCAAGGUGAAAGAGCUUUCUGAUCUGCCCGUUGGAAGGAAUUUCUCUAGGUUGAGGUCUUAAGUGGUUGAUGGGUGUGCCACAUGUGCCUUAAUGUGCAAGGGGAAUCUGAGACUGUGUGGUACUGAAACAUACACUGGCAACUGAUUUUAUAGUUAAAAAAUAAAUUUGUAUGGCGACUAAUGGAGUUAUUUUUAAAUUAUGCAGAAUUAAAUUGUAAUAAAUCAUUUUCUUGGUUUUUCCCUUUGUCUGGUUUUUCAUUCUCUCUCUCUCUCUCUCUCUCUCUCUCUCUCUCUCUCUCUCUCUCUCUCUCUCUCUCUGUAAGGGGUGUUUAAAAAAGUGUUCCCUUUCUCCCUGAGCCUUUGUUAUAAGGAAUUUGAAGUUCCUUGGAACCAAGUUUGUUUAGAGAAACUUUGAUCUUUUAUGAAAUGCCCUUGUUCCCUUUAAGAAUGUUCCUCUGUUUUUAUAGCUUUUAUCAUACAUUUAGUUCUGAGGGAAAUAUUUCUCCAGUCAUGCCUAGAAUUGCAUUUUGACUUCCGGUCGUCCUGCGCGGCCAUUUCAGUCGGGGUUUAGCGAAGCGGAGCUAAACCCGACGCGUCGAAGUUUGGGCGCACCGUUCCGGCGCAACGGGCGCCCUCAGAAAUCUCAGGAAGGGCUUCCUGAGAACGUGGACUGUCCGGCAGCGCAAUUUUGCGAGCUCCCCCCUCCCCGGAAAGGCUCAAAUUUGAGCCCCCGAGAGCGAGGGGGUAGGAGCUGCAGCGCAUACGGACGCAGCACUCCCUUUGACAGCGUGAAGCCGCAGGACUGAAUGGCUAAAUUAAGGAUUAAUUAGAUAUGGUAUAGGGGUGAAAAAAAACGGAAGCCAGCCCCUAACCACUGAUUUACAUGGGAAACAGCAAAGAUUACCGAAGCCGGAGAAACAUUUUAAAGUGUCAGUUUCCCUAGAAAGUUGGUCCAUCCCCCCCCUGAAAGAGAAAGGGGUGAGGGAGGCUGCCUAAUUGGAGUUAAAGAAGAUCAUUUUUUGUAUAUGAAAGUGUGCUUUGAAAUUCGCUCGUCUGCUGGAGUGGAGGACCUGUCAAAAUGUCAGAACGCAAGGAGCUGUAACAAAGCCUCAGUAUAAGAGAGACAUUUGUUGCUGUUUGUGCAUUUGGUUAUAAAAGUAACAGUCAGAACUGCCACUUGUUAACAAGGGUCUGGAGAACUUAUUGCUACAUAAGGGAAGAAAGGGGAAUGGGGGUUUAAAGGCUGUCUGAAAGACUGUACUAAUGGAAAAUUUUAUGGCCAGCGGAAACUGAAAGUGGCGCCUAUCUCUUCCCCUGCUGUCUGGACUUGAGCUUGUUUUUUGACCUUGAAUGCUUGCUUGUGAGAAGAGAAAGUUUUCAGCACACCAGCUGUGGAGUGGAUUAUACAUUGUUUACAGAAUGGAAUGGCAGAGGUGAGAAACAUGCCCAGCUGCUGUUUGGAUUAUAAAAGCCUUGGAUUUUGAAACUGGUAUGAGAAAGUGCUGUUUAAUGUGCCAAUUGCUGUGAGGAUUAAAUUACAUUAAGGGAUUUAAAAGGCAGAAUAUUAUCAGCUGCUGACUGGUUUAUAAUCUAUAUGAGAAUUUAAUAGAUUGAACUCUGGCACAUUAGCUGCUGAGUGGAUUACAAUUUAUCUUUGGAUUAUAAUUAAGUCGUGGACUAAGAGCACAUUAGCUGCUGUGUGGAUUACAAUUUAUUUGAGCUGGCACAUUAGCUGCUGAGCGGAUUACAAUUUAUUUCAGGAUUAUACAGUUUAUUUUGGGUCUGAUUGGUGGACUAUGAGUAUACCAGCAGCGGUGAGGAUUACAGUUUAUUUGAGAAUUUAAUGGACUGAAGUCUGGCACACUAGCUGCUGAGUGGAGCUCAAUUUCUCUUUGGAUUACAAUUAAUUCUUGGACUAAGAGCACAUUAGCUGCUGUGAGGAUUACAGUUUAUUUGAGAACUGAAUGGAUAGAUUUCCGGUACACUAGCGGCUGAGUGGAUUACAAUUCUUCUUGGGAAUACAAUUAACUUUGGGACUAAGAGCACAUUAGCUGCUGUGCGGAUUACAAUCUAUUUGAGAAUUUAAUGGUAUGAUUUCCGGCACAUUAGCUGCUGAGCGGAUUACAAUUUAUUUCGGGAUUAUAAAGGCUGAAUCCUAAACAAGGAAAUGUCUGGCACGGAGAAAAAAAUGCAAUUGCGGUGGGAAUCUAAGGAUCAGGCUUUUCAAGGGCAGAUUUUGGAAUUUAUGAAGGAAAAUAGGCAGAGUUUGCAAAGCCUGACCACAGAGGUGAAAGCCACCACAAAAUGCCUCCAGGAAUUUAAAGAAGAAUUUGGAGUAUUGAAAAAAGAUCUUCAGGAAGUUAAAACAGAGGUCUCAGGACUUCAAGCAAGAGUGACCGAUAUUGAAACAACUAAAUUAACAGAUCUGGAAAAAUUACAGGAAGAGACACAAAUAAGGCUUGCCUUCUUAGAAUUGAAGGAGAAAGAGAAUCAUUUAAGAAUACGGGGUUUGCCAGAAUUGGAGAAAGAGAAAGGUAACCUAAAAGAUCUAAUUGCACAAGAGUUUGUCAGCUGGUGGGAUCUGGACCAGGAGGAGACGAAAGCUACAAUUUUGAGGGCCUAUAUAAUAGGACCAAGAAAUAAAAAAGAUCCCAAAUUUCUGAAUGACUAUAUUGUGGUUUUCCAAACAAAGGAACAAAGAGAUAAGAUAUUAGGGUACCAUUAUAAAAAGAAAUUUGAAGUUCUUCAACAUUCAAUAAUCUUGUUCAAAGAGACUCCCAAAUUCUUUUUGGCCAAGAGAAAUAAUUACACAGAUCUGACAACGAUUUGACAAGGAAGAAUAUUUUUUUUAAGUGGAAAUUUCCAGAGGGCCUGGUAUUUAAAUACAAACAAAAGGAGCAUAAGAUCAGAUUGGUGGAGGAUAAAAGAAGAUUUCUGGAAAGGUACGCAGAGGAUUUUAAGAUACCAAUUGGAGGAGGCCAAGGUUUGGGAGCUGGUGCUGGACCAGGAGCAUUUGAUUUGGAUCUCUUCGCAGAAGGUGAAAGAGCUUUCUGAUCUGCCCGUUGGAAGGAAUUUCUCUAGGUUGAGGUCUUAAGUGGUUGAUGGGUGUGCCACAUGUGCCUUAAUGUGCAAGGGGAAUCUGAGACUGUGUGGUACUGAAACAUACACUGGCAACUGAUUUUAUAGUUAAAAAAUAAAUUUGUAUGGCGACUAACGGAGUUAUUUUUAAAUUAUGCAGAAUUAAAUUGUAAUAAAUCAUUUUCUUGGUU